ACGAGGACUGCAGCCGGGCGCAGCCCUGCGACCACACCAAGGGGCUGGAGUGCAACUUCGGCGCCAGCCCCGCCGCGCUGAAGGGCAUCUGCAGAGCGCAGUCCGAAGGGAGACCGUGCGAAUACAACUCCAAAAUCUACCAGAACGGCGAAAGCUUCCAGCCGAACUGCAAGCACCAGUGUACGUGCAUCGAUGGAGCCGUGGGCUGCAUCCCGCUCUGCCCGCAGGAGCUCUCUCUGCCGAACCUGGGCUGCCCCAGCCCCAGGCUGGUCAAAGUGCCCGGGCAGUGCUGCGAAGAGUGGGUCUGCGACGAGAGCAAGGACGCGCUGGAUGAGCUGGAAGGCUUCUUCAGCAAAGAGUUUGGUCUGGAUGAUUCCGAAGGGGAACUAACCAGGAACAAUGAGCUAAUUGCCAUUGUGAAGGGAGGCCUGAAGAUGCUGCCUGUUUUUGGAUCUGAGCCUCAAAGCCGAGCUUUUGAGAAUCCCAAAUGCAUUGUGCAAACAACCUCCUGGUCCCAGUGCUCAAAGACCUGUGGAACUGGCAUCUCCACUAGGGUUACCAAUGACAAUCCUGAUUGCAAGCUCAUCAAAGAGACCAGGAUAUGUGAAGUGAGGCCAUGUGGUCAGCCUAGUUAUGCAUCCCUAAAGAAGGGAAAAAAAUGUACCAAGACUAAGAAGUCCCCGUCCCCAGUGAAGUUUACUUACGCCGGGUGUUCCAGCGUGAAGAAGUACCGCCCCAAGUACUGCGGCUCCUGUGUGGACGGCAGGUGCUGCACGCCCCAGCAGACCAGGACUGUCAAGGUCAGGUUCCGCUGCGAUGACGGGGAAACCUUCUCCAAGAGCGUCAUGAUGAUCCAGUCCUGCCGGUGCAGCUACAACUGUCCGCACGCCAGCGAAGCUUACCCCUACUACAGACUGGUCAAUGACAUUCACAAAUUCAGGGACUAAGCUGUGUUGGGGGUGGGAUGCUAAAGAGAACUCUGAAGUAACCAGCCAUGGAAGAAAGGACCUUUGGUGGAGAUGGUGCCUUGCCCAUUUGAGGGCAACGUUGAGAUGUUACAUGAGUGCACUGUGCAACUGGACACUAAUGCAACAGAUUUAAGCAUACUUAAAGCUUCAUAGUACUGGAGCAACCUUACUGCUUCUUUUUGGAGCACUUUAUCUAAUUAUAUACUGUUUUCUGUUUGUAAGUGAUCAGAUAAAUGUUUUGUUCUGGUUAUGAAAACUUUUCUAUCCUGUUCAAUUUAACACUAUGCUUCUCCCCCUCCCUCCAUCUUCUCCCACCCUUUCCCAACCAAGUUGGAAGCUACAUUCCUUCCUGAGGUGGGCACUUGUGGGGUGUUCACAGUGGCAGCUAUUAUGUACCAACUGUAGUGUAAUGGCAAACAGAAAUCAGUUGUUUUAAAGCUGAAUAUUUUAUUUAUCAAACUGUAGCUUUUUUGUUUUUAUUUGAAUUUUUUUUUUUUUUACCCCUUCCAGCCCCUGUAAUACUGGAAUAAGUUGUAAAUGAUUUUAAUUUUAUAUUCAAUGAAUUAAAAGAAUUUAUUUAUGGAAUUAAUCAUUUAAUAAAGAAAUAUUU